AUGCGAGUCAACAAGGGCCUAUCUGCCAUGCUUCUCUCACGUUCCUUGGGCGCCGUUAAGGCUAUGCUCCUGGCCACUAAAGUCCUGGGCAGUGCAUUGCCUAUCACCUUCAACGCCACGGAACCAGAAACGCUCGGGCUCUGGGGUGUCGGCGAUGCUCUGGCAGACGGCGAGAUGUCCAUCAUGUCUGGCUGCGACCAGAGAGCAUGCCCAGACAAUCAGCGGGAGCAAUGGGACUUCAUCCAGAGCUUCAGCGCAUACUUUCCCAAGGUCGGCAUCCGCUUCGACAGGUGCGGAAAGUGCUCCAGCUUCGUCAUUGGCCAUUACGGCGACGGCUGCAUCAGGUUCAACAAUUGCGAGUGGGACCAGACGCAGGAGAUCUGCGCCGACACUUCGAAGCGGCGCGCACACUGGUACGGUCCCGGUGGAAAGGUCUGCUACACGUUCGCGACCACUCCGCAUGCUGGCUGUUUCGAUCAGGGCGGGUUUUCCUCGUCCCCGCUGAUCUGGAACCCAACCAAAGUUGCUUGUACCUGGUGA